AUGAGAAUCUUUUUCUCGUUUGUUGCAUCACCAAUGCAUGCUCGAAGGAUUCGCUACCAUCAUUCAGUCGCGCGAAUUCGAAGCAGCAGGAAUCUCCGCGGGAUGUCGUCCGUCGUGAAGAAACGAUGCAUCCUUCUGUGCUUGCUGUGUUAUAUGCUCGCGCAAUAUGGGAUUCUUGCGGAUGAUAACAAUCCUUAUCAAUUCUCCUUCAAUAUUGUUGAUUUUCAGCAUAGAUAUGAAGAGAAAGAUGCUGAGGGGCUUAUUAACGGGGAGUAUGGUUUCAUUACGGCCGAUGGUGUUUAUCAUGAGACUGGAUAUGCCACGGAUAAAAAUGGCGAUUUUAUUAUCACCAAACAGAGACACCGGAAAAUAACGAGUUUGAAGGAUGCACAAGAAAUAUUCAAGGAUAGACCAGAAGCGGCAAAGAAAUUGGUGGAAGCUGUGAUGAAGGCUUGUGGAGGAUGUAAGAUUCCAAUUGUGGAUGAACAACCAAAACCUGCAAAGACAAUCACAGAAACGCCGUUGCAAAAAAAAAUGGAGCCGAUAUUGAAACAGAUGAUAAAAAUAUUGUCGGAAAACGUAAAACAUGAAAGGAAGCAACCAGCGGAAGACAUUGUGAAAAGCAUGAUACGAGCUGCGAAGUUAUUGCCUGAAGAGAACAAUCCGAAUAAAAUCAUGAGUGAUCGAGUGCUGGAAAAUAUGGCAAAUGAUUUGUAUUAUCGAUUCAACUAUACAAUAACGACGCAUGGUCAUCACGAGGAUGGUUAUCGAAACGGAAGAAAAGACGGCAACUAUCAGUCGCGAAAUGAAAACGGUGUCGACACGCAGGUGAAGUAUCUGUCGAAUGAAUUCGGGCAUCAGCCUAAUAUCACGUUCGUCACGCGGACGAAUACAACCGAACAAAACCAUGCUUUCAAAGGAUACUUGUUUCGUUGGUACUGGCCGUAAAUUUGAUUUUAUAUAAUGUGAAUUUUUCUAACUUUAUUUUAAAUUUUUUACAAAAACUGUACUAACAUUUAUUUAAAUACAUAAUAUAAAAUACAUAAUCAAGCUAUGUUUAAGAAUUCGUAAAAUUUUAGAUUUUAUAAA